AUGAGACUUCUACGACUGGCUUCAAUUAUCGCCUUACACGGCCAUCUCGUUACAGUGUCCUCAUACAAUUACUAUCGAUGUCUCUCGGGAGUCCGCUUCCCAAAAGCUAAAAUACACCUACUAGGGACCCAAAUACGCAAUAAAGCAGACGGGCAUCGAAUAAAAUAUAUUGAUAUAGAAGAUGGAAUGCCAAUCUAUGAGUUUGAUACUCAGGUUAUUAAUAACGUCAGACAUUUGUACUUGAUAAAGGCAAAUCUCGCCACGGAGGCUUUAUGGGUGAUGGAGGAAAUCAAUGAAGUCCGGAAAUACUGUAAUCCAACUUAG